AUGAGAGGCAAACGUAUGCACAAAGGUAGAACCCGAAAGUUUACUGCCCCGGAAGAAAUUGAUCGUCAACUUGGAUUAUCUAAAGAAGCUGAAUCAUCUCUCCAUAAAACAAUUCAUGACAAGAAUAUUGACGAUACUGAAACGGAUGAUGAUGAUGAGGAGGAGGAGGAGGAUGAAGAUGAUGACGAUGAGCAAGACACAACUGAACGUCAUAAGGGUGUUAGUCAUUUGAUUGAAGUUUGCAAUCCUAAUCAUGUAAAAUCUUCCAAAACAGUUGUUCCUUCACGAAAAGAAGUUGCCGCAUCUAUUAAAGCUACAACUGAUCCAAUAAAAUUAUUAUCGGAAACUGAAUUAGCAGCUAACAUAGCACGUCUUCAAUUAGUUAGGAAAGAACGUGAAUUAGCAGCUCAAAAACUUGAACAAGAAAAACAAGCCCGUGAAGCACAGCGUGCAGCAAUCGCUGCAGCCAAACGUACAUCUCAGACAAAACCACAACAGAAAAGUGGUCGUAGUGGUAAACAACAUACUAAAAGUAACAAAGAACAUCAAAUAGUCAAUCAAAGAAACAAUACAAACUCAUCAGUACUCACCGAUGAUAACUGA